GUCGCAUGGCUAUUUUAAAUUAUGUGGACACAACUAAUGAUGAAGAUCUUCAAGGUCAGAAUCCAUCAGAAUUCUAUGCAUACCGAAAUCUAGAACGUAAUUCUUCCGCGGCAAAAGUUGAACGCAAUUUUUUGACAUUUGGAGGUGGAAAGCAUGCAUGUCCCGGUAGAUUUUUAGCUGUUAAUGAGGUUAAGAUGAUUUUACACAAGAUUAUGUUAAAAUAUAAUAUUAGAACUGAAUCUGGGAAAGCCUUACCUUAUAGACAUAAUGGACCUCGUAUUGAGCUUUCAAAAGAUGGG